GUCUUCAUCAUCACUCUCAUCGGCGACAUCAAGUUCCAGCACUUCAACCCGGUCCUGGAGACGUACAUCAACAAGCACUUCAGUGCCACUUUGGCGUACACGAAGCUAACCCGAGUCCUCAACUACUACGUGGGCCACGCCGAGGAGCCCGCCCUCACUGAGAGGCUGUACGCGGCUCUCAAAGCUCUCAAGUACCUGUUCAGGUUCAUCGUCCAGUCCCGGGUUCUUUAUCUCAGAUUCUACGGGAACAGCGAGGACGGAGACGCCUUCUUCAACUCCAUCCGGACCCUUUUCCUGUCGUUCAACACGCUCAUGGACCGGCCGCUGGACGAGGGGGUGAAGAUAAAGGGAGCGAUACUGAAAUACCUCCCCAGCAUCAUUAACGACAUCCAGACUGUGUUUGAUCCCGUGGAGCUCAGCGUUCUCCUGGCGAAGUUCAUCGAGAGCAUUCCCGACUCCCAGCUCGUGCGUCAGAAGCUGGGCUGCAUGUGUAAGAUGGUGGAGAGCGACCUGUUCCGGCAGCCAGAUUGUCGCGACGUGCUCCUGCCGCUUGUCACCGACCAGCUGAGCGGGCAGCUGGACGACCACUCGAGUAAGCCGGACCACGAGGCCUGCGCUCAGCUGCUCAGCACCGUGCUGGACAACCUGGACCGCAAAGACGUGGUAAGAGCCGGGUCGCACAAAAACAGUGGAUACGUUAUUCAUAGCUUAUCUUAUGUAUUGCCCGGCUCCUGUUCUGGCACAACACCAGGCCUGUAAACCUCUUCUUCUUCUUCCCG